AUGGCUCCAGGAAGGAAGGUGCGAGCAAAGGCGCUGACCACCCUCAGGAACUGUUUGGUAGUUCAAGGAAAAUUAGAUUGUUUAAUAUUAUCUUGUUGCUGUGACUUCCAUGAACAACUUACUGCUUAUGAGGAGCAAUUUGUAGCUGUCUUAGCCCUGUUUGCCAUCUCAUCUGUAGAAGCACCAUUAACUGAAUAUGAAAAGAUGAGGGACAAAGAAAUAAUGAAGAACAACCAAAAGAUGGCAUCACUUGGGAUUCGAGGAAUAGCAAACCAAAUGAAGAAAAAAAGUGCAAGGAGCAAGGACAAUGGUCCUAAGCUUUUAGGAUCUUUAUUCAACCCUCAGGGCAGUGAUGGUGGUGAGGACAAUGAGGGCUCUGAACAAGAGAUAACUACCAGCGUUGCUAAGGAUGCCCAAGAUAGUGUUAACUUCUCUGCUGGGGUUUCAAGAACAUUAAAGAGAGUGGUGGCACCUUAG